CGGCCGGCCGGCCGGGCCGAGCCGCAGUUCGACAGCCACCAUAGCGCGUGCCGGCCGCACGGCCACCGGCGCCCAAACGCAGCUGGACCGCCCGCCCGCCACGCCGGCCCGCCGCUCCCCCCGGCAGUGCUGCACCGGUCGCCGCCGGCGCCCUGAUACGAUCGCGCCGCACCGCCAUGUCGUCGGCGAAGAAGCCACCGCUCACGGCCAAGUCCACGGCCAAAGCUAAACACCUAUGGGCCAUUGCGUGGGACCACCUGAAGGCCUUCGUUGCCGACCUGCUCGAUGUCAGGAUGCUGCCCAUCAAACUCCUGUUCUUCAUGGAACUGGCAGGUAUCGUCACUAUCUGGCCGCACAUGUCGACGCACAUGGCGCACCUGCGGCUGACGGCCGAGGAGACGGGCCUGAUCGUAAUGCUGGGCGGCGUGGCCGGCAUCGUGGCCGCCCUCUCCGCCGGCUACAUCGGCGACAAGAUGGGCAACUUCAAGAUGUACCUGGGCCUGGCGCUGCUCAUAGAGGGCGUCGCCGGCGUGUGCCUGGUGCUGCUGCCGCCGGCCGUGCAGCAGGUGGUGCCGCCUGGCGACGCUUCGCUGAACCACCACUGCGUGGACGACUACCUGCACAUCAACUGGCGCAUGGAGAGCUGUGAACCGCACUUUAGCCUGGCCUCGCUCAACGUGACGCUGCGGGAGUGCCGGCUGUCCUGUCACAGUGUGAACGGGAGUCAGCCGUCGGUGGGCCAGCUGCACUGCGGAGACGACCCGGCCAGCUGCUCGGUGCUGUUCCCGCCGCCCAGUCUGGCCACGGGCGCACCUCUCAGCGUGCUGAUGGUCAACUCCACCGACAACUCGACGCGGCUGCACGCGGUGCCGGCCGGCGGCGGCGGCGCGCGGCCCGUGGCCUGCCCGCCGCCGGCCCUGGCCCAGUCGUGUCGCCUGCAGUGCGCCGACGCGCUGCCGCUCUCCGUGGUCUGCGCGCCGCGGGACGACCGGCAGAGCCACUCACUGACGCUGUGGCUGUACGUCUUCCUGCGCGUGGUCUACUCGUUCUGCCUGGGCACCACGUACACGCUGAUCGACACGACUGUGCUCUCCUACUGCGCGCUGUUCAGCGUCGACUACGGCUUCCAGCGACUGUGGGGCACCGUGGCGGCGCUCAUCGUCUCGCCGCUCUCCGGAAAAAUCAUGGACCUCUUCAGCACCGUCGGAAUGAUCGAAUUCAGGCCCGGUUUCUAUACGAUGGCGGCGUUUCGGUUCCUCUCACUGGUGGUACUCUACUUUGUGAACAUCGGCUUCCGCCACAGUCCCUCCGGGUCGCUCUUCAAGUACACGAUCAAACUCUUCCAGAAGAUAGAGCUCACGGUGCUCUUCCUGGUGAUGCUGCUCACAGGGAUGGCCGUGGGCCACAUCGAGACGUUCAGCUACGUCUUCCUGUCGCAGCUGGGCGCCAGCGGCACGCUGAUCGGCACCACCAUCACGGUCGGCAGCGCUGUAGAGCUGGUCAUGCUCUCCGUGUCGGGACUCUGUAUGAGCGCCGUCGGCCAGGUCGGCCUGAUCGUGCUCGGCAUGGUCAUCUACGCCGUCAGGUUGAUAGGUUAUUCGCUGAUUGUCGACCCGAGCCUGAGCCUGCUGCUGGAGGCGCUGGACGGCGUCAACAGCGGCCUGAUGAACGCGGCCGUGGUGACGUAUGCCGCCUCCAAGGUGGAGCCCGAGCUGGUGGCCACAGUGCGCGGCAUCCUCGGCUGCUUCCUCUUCGGCGGCGGUCGCGCGGUGGGCGCUCAGCUCGGAGGGUACCUGGUGGCGCGAUUCGGUCACCGGGUGGCGUUCCGGAUAUUCGCCGGUGUGGCGCUGUUCGCUGCCGCGGCCUACGCGCUGUUCCAGCUGGCAAUGCGUCGGCGACGCUCCGGCGACUUCCAGCCGGCCCCGGCCGACUCGGUCCGGGGGUGUCCGGCCCCGCGGUGUGCGGCCUAGGGGAGGGGAGUGGCGGCCCCGCGGUGUGCCGCCUAGGGGAGAGGGAGGGGGCAGCACCGCGGUGUGCCGCUUAGGGGAGGGGAGGGGGCACCGCGGUGUGCCCCUCAUAGGGGAAAUGGUGGGGAGGAGCCAGUCGACACACUGCACCGCCUAGGAAAUGUGGGUGCCGUAGGGGAGCUGUGCAGCUUAGGAGGAGAAUUUGUUGUAACUGGGAAGACUUAGUCUCAUGAGAGUGACUGGGCAUUGAGCAAGAGAUAGAUGCCCCCUGAGAUUGCAUAUAAAGGCUGUGCGUAAAAGUAACUUCUGAAUUUUGUCAAUAUCUUUUCAUUGAAGCAUGUGUGAUAUACGUCUUCCUUGGGCUGUUGCGAAUGAUGUUGUAGAAAGUAGAAAACUAUCUCCCUGAAUUUUCAUGCUCAGCACCGGGAGAUUGGAUGCAUGUACAACAACAUGUAGCAUGACAAAUGUUGAAGGCCUUGUCAGAAGUUCCCGAUGUCUUCGGGAGCGGAAUAAGGGGAUCGAUCGUCAGAACGCGGCGCUAUCAAUCUAUUGAUGUUCCCUGGGAGCCCACGUGCCUUAUUUGCCCGAGUUUGAGCAGCUGCAGAUGGGCAGCUCAUAUUUACGGCGCCGAGAGUAAAAAACAUUGUCCGAGCUGCGGGAAGGGACCUAAUCUAAAGUUCCAACUUUGACUACAAAAGGUUUUAGUCAAGUGAUCUAUCUUUCCAAAAAUUUCCAAAUCAAUGACCAUAUUGAAUAUUCCACUUUAACUUUUUGUUUGGUAUGUUGUAAAAGACCUGACAAGUUUGUACAUUUUGUUGCGAAUUGCGAAUCUACCAGAGACAGUUUUAUGUUGUUUGAUCUUUUGAAAUAGUUGGAACAAGUCCUUAGGGCAGAACAUGCUACAAAAUCAGUACAUCUAAAGUUUGUCUUUGUCGUUCUCUGCUGAGCCGCUCAGGUUAGUCAGGGGUCAUGCUGCAUUUGCUGGACGGUCCUGUGCGGUACGCACAGAGCCUGUGUCGCUGUUGCUGUCCUUCUCACCUGGGGACGCCACUGCCUUCCACAGCCGGCAGCGGCUGCCGCUGGUGGGCCUACACCUUCCUGGCCUUAGCCGUCUUCCUGUACAGGGUCCCUAGGUCUGCCGGUUCCCUGUAUACGCACAGGGUCCCUGGGUCAGCCGUCUCCCUGUAGGGUCCCUGGGUCAGCCGUCUCCCUGUAUAGUCUACCGACCCAGCCGGAGCCAAUCUCGCUGACUCUGUAAUGCGUCCGGUGCCGGGACCAAGUAAUCAAAGUACAUUAAACCGUCCACACGGAUGUGAGGGAAUGCUUUAAUGUGAUGCGUUUUAGUGGUGUAAUGUAUGAAUUCGGUUUGUCGCUAUGUAACAGGGAAACUAAUGGUAGCUGCGUGUCUAAUGGCGACUAAAUGUGCAACAGAUGGGCAUUUGUAUGAUGAUAAGUGGCUGGCGUAAAUCAUUCGAGGCAGAUAUGUGUUAUAUAUUUUUGUAGAUAUGAUUGUUUCAUAUAUGGAUUGGUGAUUUGUUUACCACUCCGCUCCUCGUUUUACGUGUCCUGUUAGCUCGCGUGUGAUUUUGUAAAUGGUGUUUCAAAUGUAUCAGGCCACUCGAUCCGUGGCGCUGCGUGUCGGGACUCAUGAGGUCAUGUUGGACUCGUUUGUAGGUAUAUUUAUAUAUUACACCUUCAUGGUGGAGCUUUCGCGGAACUUGGCAAUGACCUUGUUAAUAUCACUGAUGCCAACGUGGGACCAAGCUGAUCGUUCAGGGAAAUAGAGGGCAUUAUUGUUGCGACCAUAUCUACACGUCUCGUGAUGUCUGCCAAACCACAGGGAUGUGUGCACUGUGCGCUCUAAACGUGUGCGCUGUUCAGAAUGUGUGCUGUUGGUAGAAUGUGCGGUGCGUGCAUGAUUCUGAGUUUUGUGGUGGUGUUCACGGCAGCUACGAAAUAAAUUGAUUUAUAUA